UCUGAAGAACGUCUACAAGAAGCUCAGGCUAAUCUCUAAUGGCCAACAUGCAGCACCUGAGAUACGGCCAGCAGUCGGCCUACUGGGCGAACCAACAUGAAAGACCCGUCAUCCUGACCCACUCACCCAUGCCACCGCCGAUUCCGCCAACUUUCCCAGAUUUCAGGAUAAAACGCCGCAAAGAUGGAACCUGCGCUUACCUUGUGCUUAUUUUUCUUCUGGUCCUUUUGGCGCUGGCCGGGGUCGGACUGGGGACUUACAAGAUCAUCGAGCUGCAGAAGGACAUGGACGCCCUCAAAGAGCUUUCGGGUGAAGCCAAUUUAUCUCCUUCCUUGGCGAAGCUGACAGGGCUGGAAAAGCCUCCAGAGAAAAAUGAUGGCAGACAAGCCGCACAUGUCACAGGAAAAAUCAGCACAACUUUGCCGCUCUCUUGGGAAGAUGUCGCUGGGCGAGCCUUUACCGCGGGCAUUCGGUACAAAAACCGAGGCCUAAUAGUGAAUAAAACAGGCCUGCACUUUGUGUAUUCCUCCAUCUACUUCCGGGGAAACGCCUGUCCCAAAGACAAAGAGUUAACGCAUAUUGUCUAUAAGAAAACCUCAAGGUAUCCUCAAGGAAUCAAACUCAUGGAAAAUAGAGAAGAUUACAACUGUACCCCGCGUGUUAUAUGGGGGAGACACAGUUACCUCGGAGCUGUAUUCAACCUCACCGCCUACGAAGCCUUGUACGUCAACGUCUCCAAUGUCAGCUUGGUCGGCCCCGAUGAAACGAAAACAUUCUUUGGCCUUUACAGAUUAUGAUACGAACUUCACACAUUGAUGAAUAUUCUAGAUUUAUUGCUAUUCUGAUAGGGUAGCCUUCGUCUAUAGUGGUCCCUGUAUAGGGGGAUGCUCCGUAAACAAUCUUCAGAUGGAAGAUGGAUAAUAAGAAUAUUGUUUUCGAGGUUGUUAUAUCCAAGAGAUUUCUCUACAGUUUCCAUGUUUUAAUGGAGAUCCUUGUUACAUUUCUCUUUUCAAGAGAUAAGAAAAGUUAGGUUUGUGUCAUUGGACCAGUAGGGAAUAUAUCGAGCAGCUGGUUGACAUAUAUGGGAACCAUUGUAGAAGCAAAGGGAUAUAUAGAAAUGUUCCACUUUCACAUCCAUAAAGUAUUUAUGAAGGGUUCUUUUUAUCUAGGUACAUUGCCAUAUGAUGUAAGGGUUUGAUUAAAGGGGUAUUUCGGUGGAAUAAUAAAAAAAAAAAAAAUCAAAGUUAAACAGAUUUGUAAAUUAAAAUAGUGGCGAGACGAGAAAGGAGAGGGCACACAAAAGGCAUCUUCACCUUAGUUAUGGUGCAGCGAGGUAUCGGCAACCUAUAUGGUCGUCUACUGCUGGGUGCACAUACGAAGAUUAAAGUAUCAAGUAUAGACAAAAAA